ACAGUUCACGAGCACUAAUGCAUACUUGACAGACUAUUGAUGCAUCCUGAUAUUUCCACGGGGGUGUUGCGCAGUUCAGCUGACCACAAUGAAAGUAGCGAGGAUAUUUGACCUUCGUUGCACCGACAAACAGCUCCAAUCUUCUGCCAAUUUCUCUCUCUCAAGUCUGACAGAGAAUGAUGAAAAUGAAGCCUGCUGCAUCUCCAUCAUACGAGCCGCUGGGGACCAGAGACAACGACGAUGUGGCCUACAGCGUCUCUGGGGAUACGCAAAGCGAGGACGAUGUAUCUCUCUUGAAGCAAGCACCCCAACGGCCCCAACACUCCAAUAGACGCCUUCAAUUGCUCCUCUGGCUGAAUGCUACUGUUUUUGCGCUGUCACUAUUUCUCUUUGCCAUGACUGUCAGCAUCGUUCGGGGCACUGGCGACCCAAACCAUCUCUUACGAAAGACCUCCGAGUACUCUCCUGUGUUCGAUCGCCUUGAGAUACCCCUCAUCAGCAAGAAAAUGAAUGCGACGCUGCUGGAGCCAGACCCCCUUCCCAUCUACCGCCAACCCCCUAGCCCCGAGGUAGACGCAGCCUGGAACCGACUGGCGAACAUUAACCCCAUCGCCAUCAGUCGCGAUGACGUGGCCAAGCUGGGAAGGGAUCCUGAGCAGGCAGCCAAAUGGCCCGAGAGCUUUGGCUUUGGAUCCGAGGCGUACAUUGGGCGACUGGAUGUCUUCCACCAGAUCCAUUGUCUGGAUUGGCUGCGGCGUGAAGCGUACUUUGACUACUACUAUGGAAAGAAGUGGCCGCCGGGAACCCCGCCCUCUGACAUGCAUCGGACGCAUAUCUCCCACUGCACCUACCUGCUGCUCCAGAACCUGAUGUGCAACGCUAAUGUCGACAUCUACACCCAUUACUGGGCGGAUGCGCAGCUGAACGCCUUCCCUGACUUUAACGUGAAUCACAAAUGCCGUGAUUUUGACGCCAUCUUGCGCUGGCAGGAGGAGAACUCGGUGGAUGUGGAUGAGUUUGCAGCCAUUAGAAAAUCCCCCGAAGCAGAGGCCCGGGUCAUGUCGCAUCGAUUCAAGGAGUUGUUUGGUUGGUACAAGUCCAAUCCGGAUGAUGGCUCGGACAGUGGGGUCAUUGGAUGAUCAUAGCUAGCGUGGUCGAGUACUUGGAUGGUAGUAUCAUGUUCAUGAUCGGCUGCUUAUCCGCGGAAGGAUGAGAGUGGGGUUGGGCUGUAAAUGGCGAGUGAGUUGUCAAGCGUUAGCCUAAGCAUGCUGGAUCUUCCAUCCCUGCAGGCGCCACCAAGCAUUUGAUAAGACACUGUAUAGUUAUUGAUUGGUCAAUCACCCCCCGGAAAUGUAAUGGCGAUGCAUGACCCCUUGUAUGCAUCCCAGUUUUCUAGCUGA